UUUCCUGCAGAUGUUGAAAAGCAACAUAGGCCUAGGUAUAAGCGGUGUGCUGUAGGCCUAAGUCAGAAAAAGACAUAAGCGGUGUGCUGUAAGUCAGAAAAGGACAUAAGCGGUGUGCUGUAAGUCAGAAAAGGACAUAAGCGGUGUGCUAGAAACAACUAAUCCAAGAUGUCACUGGCAGAUGAACUGAUUGCAGAUUAUGAAGAUGCUGACGAUGAUUUGGAUGAACAUGAGGCAGAAGUGGAGUCCAUGGACAUAGCAGAAGUGGAUGAAAAGGCUGAAGUGGAUUAUAAAGAUAAAGAAACCGUGAAAAGUGUCGCUAAGUUAAGGGAUAGUGAACAACUGGCUAAUAUUUUAGUCAACAUAGAAAAAUAUGCAUCUCAACCAAGAAGACAGAAAGUGGCUGGUCCUGUGGAGGCUGAUCCUGAAUACAAACUUAUCGUAGAGGCUAACAACAUCACUGUGGAGAUUGACAAUGAAAUAAAUGUGAUACAUAAGUUCACGAGGGACCACUACUCCAAAAGGUUUCCUGAGUUGGAGUCACUCAUCCAGACCCCCAUGGAGUAUAUCAAGACAGUUAAGGAACUAGGAAAUAAUAUCAUGGAAAACUCUAAAAAGAACGAAGUCCUUCAAGAAAUUCUUGUGCCAGCUACUAUAAUGGUAGUGAGUGUGACAGCAUCCACUACACCAGGGACAAGUCUUACUGCAGAGGAGAUGAUAACAGUGAUGGAGGCCUGUGAUAUGGCAAUAGAUCUGACAGAGUACAAGGCAAAGAUAUUCUCCUAUGUGGAAUCCAGGAUGACCUUCAUUGCUCCCAAUGUCACUAUAAUCGUAGGGGCUUCUAUAUCCGCUAAACUUAUGGGUACAGCAGGAGGCCUGACAAACCUCUCUAAGAUGCCCGCAUGUAAUGUCCAGUCCCUGGGAGCCCAGAGAAAAACCCUGUCUGGCUUCUCCAUGGCAUCCAUCCAACCCCACAUGGGAUACAUCUAUAACUGUGACAUUGUACAGAAAACACCUCCGGAGUUACGGAAAAAAGCCGCCAGAUUGGUGUCUGCCAAGUGUACAUUGGCUGCACGGGUGGACAGUUUUCACGAGAGUGUGGAUGGGUCUGUGGGGGACAGUCUAAGGGCGGAGAUUGAUGGCAAGCUGGACAAGCUCCUAGAACCACCACCGGUCAAAACCGUCAAAGCCCUACCCACACCUAUUGAUGCUGCACGUAAAAAGAGGGGAGGACGCAGGGCUAGAAAAAUGAAAGAGAGACUUGGUUUGACAGAAGUCAGGAAAGCAGCUAACAGAAUGAAUUUUGGAGAGAUAGAGGAAGAUGCUUACCAGGAUGACCUUGGUUUCUCCUUGGGAACGCUGGGUAAAUCAGCAUCGGGACGUAUUAGGGGACCAGUAGUCGACUCAAAGACAAAGGCCAAGAUCUCAAAAACCUUACAGUUGAAGGUUCAAAAGCAGAACCAGACCUGGGGAGGAAGUACAACGGUCAAACGACAGGUGUCCGGAACCGCAUCCAGUGUGGCUUUCACACCUCUUCAGGGAUUGGAGAUUGUCAACCCUCAAGCUGCAGAGAAGAAAGUAUCAGGAGGAAGUUCUACGUACUUCUCAAGUACUGGCAGUUUUGUGAAUGUGAAACAUAACAGGUGAAGAUGGCGUAUAAAACAACACAGCCACAACUACUAAAAGGGACUUUGUUGCAUCAAGUUGUGACCAUCACCUUCAGUGUAUUAUGCUCAUGCCCUAGGCUUUCACUGGUCAACUGGUCAGCAAGACUUACAUUUACUGACAAAUCAAAGGGACUCCACAUCAUAUACAACAUGCAGGACUUAACAAAAGUCUUUGAUGUUUCAUCAUGCUGUUGUAAUAAUCACUUAGCAUGCUGUUGAUGUUUUCCCUAUAUUCAUGAAACCGUACUCAUGCUAAACUACACAUUUUGUGCCCGGGCUCCAAUACAUUUGGGUAUAAAUCUGAUAUUUUAUUUAAUAUUUUUUUAAUGAUUUUAAGGAAUUUCGGAAAGACUUCAAGACAGAAAUUAUUUUUGAGAGUGUUGUUUUUCCUUCAAACUGCUUUUUUAUGAUUUAAGUAAGUUUGAAAGAAAGUUUGGUUGAGCACAGACUUCAUGUAUGAGCAUGAUAAUGGUUUCUUGAAUAUGCAGAGGAGUCUUCAUAGAAGGUCCAUGUUGAUGAGCCUGAUCAUUUGUUGUUAUUGUUGUUGUAAUGAUCUUUCAGAGAAAUGUAAGGUGAAGUCAAUACUGGUACAGUGUAUGAAAGUAGUAAUUAGCCCCAUUGUCAUAUAUUUUAUGUGGAAAUAUAUUAUUGGUAUGAAAUCAAUUAAAUGUCAUGAUAUACUGUACUGAAAACAUAUUUAAGGGGCUGUUAGUCUACAACUGAUUCCACCAUAAUGCAAUUGAAUAAAAUCACCAAAACUGAAAA